UACGUACUAAACUCCACCCAUCUUCGCCCAUCACCACCUAUAACCUCCAACAGCAACUCUCUUACACACCUCCAUCCAGUCCCCGUCGCGCCGACAACUACGAUGCGCCUAGGUCGGUAGCCGCCGCUUCUGCCAAAUGGACUUGACACGCAGCAGCCUAUCCCGCCAGCCCCACCACGAGCCACCAUGUUCUCGACCAUCACCGCUGCGCCGGCCAAGCAGUCCGUCGGCGAGACCAUAACCGUCCUCAGCGGCCGCCUCAGCUCUGCCACCCUCCUCGAAGACCGCCGCGCCGCCAUCCUCGGCCUGCGGAGCUUCGCGAAAGAGUACCCCGCCUCCGUCGCCUCGGGCGCUCUGAGGAGUCUCAUCGGCAGCUUGUCCAAGGACGGCGAGGAUGUCGACACCGUCAAGGUCGUCCUCGAGACCCUGCUGAUGCUGUUCAGCCCCAACCAGGACAGCCCCGAAGCGUCCGAAGAGAUCGCCCUCUGGCUGGCCGACGAGUUCACCCAGCGGCAGGAGAACAUCACCCUGCUCCUCGACUUCCUCGAGACCAACGACUUCUACUCGCGGCUCUAUUCCCUCCAGCUCCUCCUCGCCAUCCACUCCGCCCGCACCGAGAGGACCGAGAUAUGUGUCUUCACCGCCCCCCUGGGGAUCUCGAGGCUCGUGUCCGCCCUCGACGACCGGAGAGACGCCGUCCGCAAUGAGGCCCUUACCCUCUUGACCUACCUGACUCCCUCCUCUCCCGAUAUCCAGAAGCUGGUGGCCUUCUCCAACGUAUUUGGGCGUGUCUUUGCCAUAAUCGCCGCCGAGGGGUCCCUGUCCGAGGGCGAUAGAGUAGUCGAGGACUGCCUGAUCCUGCUCGCAAACCUCCUCCGCCUCAACCCGUCAAACCAGUCUCUUUUCCGUGAGGAAGGCUACAUACCACACCUAGCGAAGCUGCUAGAGAGCACAUAUCAUAGCGGGAAGGGAGGGGAGGAGGACGUGGCCCUCUGGGCGCAGGAACAGCGCAACAGGAAUAUAUACGCACUUCUAGCCGUAAUCCGGCUCUUCCUCGUGCCUGGCGCCGUUGGCACCCCGCAGAAUCAGGCGGCUUUCUGGCAGCACGGCGUCCUCUACCACGCCUUGCAGCUCGCUUUUAGCCAUGAUGCCGAGAUGACCAUCAGAGCAGAGGCUCUGACGGCGUGCGCCGAUACUAUCAGAGGUAAUGCCAAGCUGCAGGAGACCUUUGCCCAACUGCAGGUCCCUUCGGUUUUAGACGAGGUCCCGCCCGCCGCCGCCGCCGCCGCCAACGGACAGGUGGGCAAGGCGGAUAGCAUACCAGCCGUCUACGUAAUCGACGGCCUUCUCGACCUGACCCUGAGCGUACCCACAGUGCAGGCAUUCGACCUACGGCUGGCCGCGUGCCAAUGUAUCAAGGCCUACUUCUACAAUCACCCUCAAGUCCGCCUCCAUUUCCUGCGACGAGCCAUCGACGGCCACGAGUCCGGCGUGGACGAGACGGCGAAUGUGCUGACGACGUUGCUUCGGCCAUCCAACGACCGGAGUCCGGUCGACCCGUAUCGCCAUUGGUUCGCGGCCGUCAUCCUCUUCCAUCUCUUGUUCGACAACGCCGAAGCGAAGGCGCUCGCCAUGGAGGUGACGGAAGGCGAUGCGAAGAGUGGCGAAGAAGUGGUGACCAGUAUCCAAACCGUUGCCGCCCAUCUUAUCAGCGGGUUAGCCAGGGUAGGUGACGAGCGGAUAUCCGUAGGCUAUUUGAUGCUGUUGAUAGGAUGGCUAUAUGAGGACCUCGACGGGGUCAACGAUUUCCUCGGUGAGGGCAGCAAUAUACAAGUUCUAGCGCAAGAGGCUGUGCGGCACAACCCCAGCAGCAGUAUUGUCCGAGGGCUAUGUGCUAUGCUCCUCGGGGUCGUCUACGAGUUCUCUACGAAGGAUUCGCCGAUUCCUCGGUCUACCUUGCACUCGGUUCUCGCGACCCGGAUGGGCCGAGACAAGUACAUCGACAGCCUCGCUCAGUUGCGAAGCGAUCCUCUUAUGAGGGAUUUUGAAGUCCUCCCGCAGAAGUCGGACGGCGCGGGCAAUCUGCCAGACGUGUACUUUGAUGCGACAUUCGUGGAUUUUUUCAAGGAUAAUUACAGCCGCAUGGUUAGGGCUAUCGACCGCGACCCCGGCAUGGAGAUCUCGGUGGUGGCAAAUGGUAUCCAAAAGGGGAUAUCCCGCGAAAUGGUGGACUCGCUGCGGGCACAGCUCGACGAGAAAGAGCGAGCGCUACAGGGGGCAUUGGGCGAUAUAGCUUCGCUAAACGGGAAGCUUGGCCAAGAACAGGCCGACCAUCGGAGAACCAAGGAAGCCUCCGCGGCCGAGCUGGCGCGGAUACGGAACGUCAACGAAGCUAUCCAACAACACCACGAGCAAGAGAUCAAGGAAAUCGAGGCGCAGCAACGGUUGAAGAACGAGGCGUAUCAACAACAGCUAAAGACGGUUCAAAAAGAAGCGUCAGCAGCCGCGGAGGCAAUCCACGCCGAGUACCGUGCCAAGGAGGCAGAGGCGCAAAGGCAACUCGAGCAGGUUCGCAAGAGUGCCGAAACCGAGGCCGCGCGUGCUCAGCGGCGAUGGGAUGCCGAGAUGGCGGACCUUCGCGCCACCAUCAGCCGCCUCGAGGUCGACCUCAUGAAAGCGAAUAAAGCCAAGACAGAAGAACUUCAAGCUGCUCGGAAGGAAUCGACAGCCAAGCUGUCAGAGGAGGAGUCGAAGACGAAGGCGGCCGAGAAGCGGCGCUUGGAUGUCGAGAAGCAGCUGUCGCAGAGGGAUAAAGAGUUGAAAGAGUGCCAGUCGCAAGUCCGAGAAAAGGAGGAGCAAAGAUCGGCGACGCAAGGCGAGCUCGACGACCUUCUCAUGGUAUUCGGCGACCUAGAGGAGAAAGUGGAGAAAUACAAGAAACGACUCAUCGAGGCAGGCGAGAGCGUGUCGGAUGGCGAGGAAGAGAACGAAGAGGAAGAAGGCAGCGACGACGACGAUGAGGACGACGACUCUAAGACGGACGGCGUGGAUUAGACAAGACGUCUCCAGCCACUCCUGCUGCGGGUCGUCUCGUUACACCGGUAUAAAGACGGAAAUUGUAUGUCAGGCCAACCCCGGGAGGUCUUGAUAUGCCUCCUCCCGGCACGCCUAUACUAUAGGGCCCGUCUCGCAGGCAAGUGAACACGUCGCCGAAUGCUGCUCGAAGCUGGGCUCUCUACAAACAUAUAGCAGGCCGGCACGAACACGUAGGAGGGGGGAUCGGAGGCGACGGGUGCGUUACGAGAGACGCAUAGAUGCUUAUGCGAAGGUGUCGCCUCUGCUAGUUGCCCAUUUCCUGGUCGAGCAGGAUUCCGACUUGGGGUGUUAACGACCUAGAGUCAGAGAUAGAGAGGGAGACGAGGCAGUACAAUGUAUACGAGCAUCGCGAUGUGGAGGGACACGAGCGCCUCGAGCGAACGGCGAUCGACUUGGCAAAUGCCUAUACGGUAUACACACACAUAUCCUGUUCACACAUAUAUACUAUUCGCUGAAAUAUAUACCUAUAUACUGUAUAUUAUAUAUAUACUGUUGAUAUAUACCUGUCUAUAUGAUUGAUGUACUCUCGGUGUAUAUUUACCUAGGUAAUAUAAGGCCACGUUGAACAAGGGGUCGGCGACAUCUUUUUGUAUUUUACUUGGACCUACGUGUACCCGUCUACACCCUCCUACUGUUAUAUUGCAUUUAGG